AAAACAGCAUAACACUAUCCAUUACGGACAUGGCAGAAGCUGCCCCGAUACCAGAAUACAGAUGCUUGAUUUGUACGACACCUUACAAAGAACCGAGGAAGCUGCCCUGUGGUCAUACCUUCUGCUACCGAUGUCUGACGUCAUACAUCGAAGCGGAACACGUCACAGCAGACGAGGAUCGGCACUACUUCCCGUGUCCGGUCUGCGAUGCACCGAGUGCUCCUCGUGACGUCAGUACGGAUGUAAGUACAUGGGCGGAAUGUUUCCCAAUAAAUAAUUUGUACCUUAACCCUAUAACAGCAGAGACGUCUGAUGUUCAUCUCUGUGCACCAUGUCAACGAGGCAAAGAAUCCAAUCCAGCCGAGGUCUGGUGUACAGACUGUGGUGAAAAGCUCUGCAAACAAUGCAGAAUAUCUCAUGAGCGGAGCAAAGCAUCAUCAAAACAUCGGCUUGUAUCCGUUUCCACUGUUGUUGGCGGAAUCUGCGAUGUUAUGGUCGACGAAAUCUGCCCCAGACACGAUCGAAAGCAGUUGGAUGUCUAUUGUGUAGACCAUAGCGCUAUGUGUUGUAGUGUCUGUGUAUCGGUGUCACACAGGCAUUGUAGCAAUAUUAAACCAAUAGAGGAUGUGGUCAGGAAGACUAAGGCCGGACAACACACCAGGGAGACAGAAUGGAAGGAGCUGAGAGAGGAAACUAAGAAGAUGUUAGACGAUGACGACUUAGGGAUGACCCUGCUUACCUCCAUAGAAAACGAAUUAUCGGCAAAAAUGACGAACAGGAUACAGCAAGCUAAAGAUAAGCUUGAUAACCUCAACGCAACAUACCAGUCAGACCUCGCGGAUAAGUGCAAAGCGCUCAGACAAAAGCUAUCUUCUAGACGGAUGUGUGUCAACACAUUCCACACCAAUGCAGAAAAUUCACAUUUGUUGAUGUCUCAUUUAGAUCAACAUAUAUCAGAACGUCACAAGUUUUUCAUAAGAGAACAAACAAAAAGUCAAAUAUCAGGACAUUACCGUCGUAUGGAUCAAAACACAAACAAACAACCGAAUAGAUUUGACAUCACACUCGAGUUAGGAACAAUAAUUGACGAAAUCAUGAAAAUGACAACCUUGGGGAAUAUUGACGUGACCUCGACAAUAUCAGCUGUAUCUCAUAACGCGAAUGUAUGUAUUGGCACAAUGAUUGAGACCUUGCUCUCGACACCUUCAGCUUCAACAUUAGCAGACUCGACUUCGACCUCCGACCUCACGGGUUCACUGCAGUAUUCCACCGUCCAGACAACUCCAGUAAAGUCAGCGGUUGAUGUAUGGACAGGAUCGGUAUCUUGUGUAAAGACGGUAGACAGUAGUACACUAGGAAGGUCAGAUACACCUUGGUUGAUGGGGGGUAUCUUUACUGACAACAAUGAAUUACUGAUGACAGAUUACAGCAACAAAAGACUCCUACUGUUUGAUGACACGUAUUCCUAUGUGAAUACAUUUAACAUUGGCGGAUAUCCAAAAGAUAUAGUACGUGGACGUGUCGAUCAUGAGGUGUUUGUCGCUGUAUUGGAAGAAGGAAUACUGAAGUGUGAAUUUAGGAAUGGUCAGCUAACCUUGAUCAGCAAGAUCAGCUGUCCAUCUACCACAUGGGGUAUAGCAGUUCUCGGGGACAACAUCCUGGUUAAUACGAAUAAUUGGGUGGAGGUUAUGACAGUAGAUGGGGAGGUGACCAAGUCAAUACAGAAGGGUGGAAAGUACAGAUACCUCGCCACAGCUCAUUCUAGUGCCACUGUGUAUCACACAGAUGACAAUGACGUAGUGUGUAGCCGACUGGACAGUGACACAGAGGUCUACAGGUACAGAGAUCCUAGUAUGAGGGAUCCUACAGGUAUUGGACUGGACCAGGAUGACAAUGCAUAUGUAUGUGGAUGUAGUUCUGGAUAUGUUCGCCUUGUUUCACCUGACGGAUCACGUGGGAGGGUACUGGUGUCCAUGCUAUCUACUAUCAAUCACCCGUGGUGUGUAGUAGUCCAUCCAACCAAACAGGAGUUCGUGGUCACUUCUUUCCAGGAGUCUACGUCACUCGAGUUGUACAGAUUUAAUAGCAAAUAAGUGCAAAUGUAAUUCAAUGAGAAAUUUUGAUACGAUAUUAGAUAAAUAUUUAAGAACAAACCAGGAAUCCAUAGUCACUUUACUUAUCUAAGUCUCUCUAGGUUUACAGAAUUACUGAAUAGGAACUAUUGCAAGACAAAUGCAUGCAGGAUCUCACACACGUAAAGAUUUCAAAACAGUUCCGAUUUCAUGUGAUCUCGUGUGGAGUGUGAAAAAGUUAAAUAUUUAAUGUGUCCUAUGAUUAUCAAACA